AGUAGUCGAGAUAUCAACAAUGGCGUCUCAACUGCUCCUGGUAUGUCUUCUUCUUCAGUGCACUUGACAAGUUCACUGACGCUGAAUUGGUAUGCAGAGAGGACGUAACAUCUCUACGUCGAGACUGUGCUCGAUGAAGUCCAACAUGACUAGCAAACCAUUGAGUGGUGCGUCGCUACGAACGCAACUGAAUCCCCAUCAAAAGCGCUUCUCCGUGUCGUGGACGUCGGAAAUGCUGAAGAAGUCGAAGAGUUCAAUGAUGGAGUCACCGUUGCCGUGGUGGCUCUUUGGUACUGCGGGGUUAGUGGCAACUACACUCACUGUUGGUGCAGCGGCACGCCUCACACGGACGGGGGCGUCGACGCUGUACUGGAAGCCGCAUUUCAUGCACUCACCGAAGACUGAAAGCGAAUGGCACGAUGAGUUCGACGUUUAUCGUGACUUCUGCGAUCGUUCUCAGCGUACCCCCAUGACGCUUGAGGACUUCAAGCGGAACUACAAGUGGGAAUCGGCUCACCGGAAGCUCGGUCAACUGACUGCACUCGCGUUCGUGGCUCCGCUGACAUAUUUCGCCAUGAAGGGUAAGAUUCCGAUCCCAGCGCAAGCUCCUUUGGCGCUAGUUGCAGGGCUCGGAGCAACCCAACUGUACAUCGGCCGAGAAAUGGUGGAGAAGAACAUCAAGCAUGCUGGAAAACACCACCGUGACCAGCCACCGAUGUUUGAAGGAGCCACGUUCUUCCUCCCAGUGCACUCAGCAUUAUCGCUCGCGAACUUCUCGCUUCUUGUCUGGACGGGGCUGGGGAUCGUUUCGCCUGUGUCGAGAGCGAUCUCGGUGCGUGGACUCGUGACGCCCGGUGUGCUUAAAGAGUUAGGUGAGGUGCGCAAUCACUUCAUGGCGUUGACUGGUCUAGUCGCCGGCACGAUCUUUGCGGGCUCCCUGGUGGCUGAAAUCGACGGCGGUCGCGAGUUCCAAACGUUUCCCAAGAUGGGUGAUCACUGGAUCCCGCACGGUCUGUUCGAGCAGAAGCCGUUUCUGCGCAACUUCCACGACAAUGUAGCUCUCGUGCAGUUCGACCAUCGCCUCUUGGCUUUGACCACGCUCGCUGCCUACACGGCGGUGUUCAUGAAGGCGCGCAAGCCUAACAUCUGGACAAACCUGCCAGAGGACGCCAAGCGCGCUAUGAUGCUGGCAUUGGCAGCUGUUGGUGGCCAGGUCUUCAUGGGCACGACGAUGUUGGUGAACGAGGUGCCGACGUCGCUGGCGAUGGUGCACCAGGGUGGUGCGGCUCUAGUACUGGGCUCGUCGCUAUGGGUGGUGCACUCGCUGCGCUUCGCUCGUCCUGGCGGUCUGAUGGGAGCUGCCGUCGCCGCCGCGGCCUCCAAGGUCACGUGAGCCACUGGAAUGUGUGACUUGUGGCAGUUUGAAGUGACCGUCGAUGCUAUUAGCCAACGACUCAUUUUGCAGUGCGUGUUUUUUUUUCACUUUUUCGUAAAUUUUUACCAGUCAGAUAGCUUGUUCGCUGAGUUUUCGAUUAUUACUGGACAAAAACAAGUUUAAAAAACGAUG